AUGGCUAAAGAGAAUCUUGUCAGGAACAGCAAGCCGAUCUUCACCGGCCAUUGGCCUCGCAGCACCCUGAAAAGACAUGUGAGGCGCAUAUUGGCAGCCAGCUGGGCAUCGGAGGCCAUCCUCCAGGGUUGGCGGGUGAGCUUCGCUUCGACGAUUGGCUGUGGAGCCCGCAUCGCACAUGGCGCGCCUCCGCAGCCAAGAGUGCAAGGCAUCAUCUACGAAGUCCCAGGAACGAGACCGUGCACACUGACCGAAGUGCUGGCAUGA